AGGAAUUGUUGCCUUGUCAGUCUGCCGGCUCAGCUGUUUGUGAUGCGUGUUGCUGUGUGAGCUAUUGAUCGCCAGACAGCAUGGACCCGCAAAGUUUAGAAGAGGAAACCAAACCGUGGCUGGAGUCUGGAGGGAAACCUGAAAUACAGCAAACGAAACCGAAAACAUAUGAAGUUGUGUCAAGUCGCAUUUCCGUCGUUUACAAACCAACCACCCAGGAAGCUCCAUCCGUUUUACCUCAGAUUUUUGCUGCAAUUUCUGCAGGAUCUUUCCACGUCGCAGUGGGGUUCUCCCUCGCUUAUUCAGCCAUCUUAAUUCCACAAAUAGAAGCAUCUGACAGUGACCUUGAAAUCAAUAAAGAAGAUACGCCAUGGUUAGCCAGUGUGUUGGUGCUCGUGGUUCCAAUCGGAGCCCUGCUGGCCGGUUUCGCCAUGGAGUAUGUGGGCCGAUUAAACACGAUCAAGAUAGCCGCAGUGCCUUGCCUCCUGGGCUGGUUCCUCAUAGCCACAGGCAGCAGCUUCGGCGUGGUACUGUGUGGCAGGCUUCUGACAGGCGUCGCGGCAGGAAUUGGUACCAGCCCAGCCAUAGUGUACAUCACGGAAGUGGCGAAGCCAGAGCUCCGCGGUGCCCUUGUCUCCACUUGUCCUACACUGGCGUCUUUUGGUAUGCUGCUGAGUUACAUCAAAGGCGCGUACCUCACUUGGAGAACAGCAGCAUGGACAACUGUGAUAUACGUGGCAAUUCCCCUGUUACUUAUAAGCAUCUGGAUACCGGAGAGUCCUGUGUGGCUCGUGGCACGCGGGAGAGUGGAUGAAGCAGAGAAAUCUCUCAAGUGGCUCGCUGGAGAAAAGAGUUCCUUGCCAGAACAGCAGCUGGCUGCAUUAGUCAAGUCACAAGACAUGAAGGCCCUGGUGACCUCUGGCUUCAUGGGACGCCUUGCAGGGCUUGGUCGUUCAACGGGCUACAAACCUCUCUUAGUUCUUUUCGGGCUCUUCUUCUUUCAACAGUUCUCGGGCGUCUACACAACCCUCUUCUAUUCAGUCGAACUAUUCAAGGAUGUCGGUAGCAGCUUGGACCCCAGCAUGGCGACCAUCCUCGUGGGCAUCAUGCGUCUUGUCAUGAGUUUCUUCAUCACGGCUCUGCUGCGACGUUUCGGGCGCCGGCCCCUCUGCAUGUUGAGUGCCUGUGGUAUGGCCGUGUGCAUGGUCGUGUCGGGCUGUAUCACAUGGUAUAUAAACGAUGGUGGCGAAGGCAUGAGCUGGGUACCCGUGGUCUGCGUCCUGCUGUACGUCUGCUCCAGUAUGAUCGGGCUGCUCAGCAUCCCCUGGACUAUGACAGCCGAGCUCUUUCCAACAGAAAUCCGUGGCCUGGCACAUGGCAUUACCAUCUCUGUGGCGCAUAUCCUUAUGUUCUUCUCCAUCCAGUGUUACCGUGACUUGAGGGAUCUGCUUGGUGGGGCCCAUGCCCUGCAGUGGUUCUUUGCAGCCAUGGCCCUCGGAGGACUUAUUUUUGUGUAUAUAUUUCUGCCUGAAACUCACGGCAAGAAACUGGCAGAGAUUGAAGAGUACUUCAAAGAAAAUGCGAUUUAUAUAAAAAGGAAAGUACCGGUACAGCGGACAGAAACCGGGGCAGAAGCUAGUGAAUUCGUGAUGAUAAACUCCAAAGCCUAGAAACGUCAUCUUAAAGAAAACCUUCUGUUUUGUGAUUUAUAUCCCCAUAGCUGAAAUUUCUCAGUGUAAACAGUGUAAGAGUUACAAAAUGACGUAAAUAUUUUAUGUUUCGUACAGAAUGUCGUUGGAUAAAGUGAUCAGAUUUGGGGAGUUAGAUAAUCAGGUGAAUUUGAUCUAAAAAUACUAGCAGAAAUAAUUGGUAAAAUUGUUUAUUGUGCAAUUAAUUAUAAAUCUAUAUAGAUGUUCGAUCUAGUAAUUUCUUUCCUAUACUAAAUAUUCCACUAAGCAAUGGAUAGUUGCUUUAUUUGGAACUCUCCUGUCCGGAAUCGCCCUAGUUGAACAGCAGUUCACGAGCUGCCACUAAGCCCGCAAAUACGGUUCCGAACAAAAGAGCGGGUCUCCUAGAUGUAAGGCGCUGGACGCCUUAGUUAAUGUCUCGGGUUGUAGCCAACCGGAGUCUUGCGGGUUUGGCACAUUCAUCUUCCUAGUGGUUCAGAUUUUGUGAAUGCGGAGAAUGCUCGGGUCCACCUCGGGUAAAACCCCUAGAUUAACUGUAAGGUAUCUGGCCUAACUAACCUGUCGAGGGGGAUGUAGACCAGGAAAGUCGAGUGCAUCAUUAACUGAAAGAUCGUGCAGUGAAUUUCGCAAGUUUAACAAAUGCUGUGAUGGAAACAGAAUGGUUAAUUACAGGAUUAAAGUGAGGCCGCAGUUAACUGUGAAAAGUAUUAGAAAGUUCCUUACAGUUUUCUGUUAAUCUUCACUGCUUUCUUUAUUCCCCUUUUAGCGCUACAGCCUCAGUUUGUUCCUUGGCCUACCUUCAUGAAACUCUCCGUUUCACUUCGGUUUACUAGAUCUUAGGCAUUCGGUAGGACUCCUUGGGC